ACUCUCAAAUUGCCUCAAUCAAGAAAAGGAAAAUAAAAAAAACUCAUUUUCCCUUGCAAUCAAAGAGAUUAUGCAAGGACUAAAAUCCUUAGAUUUAGAACAAAAUUUUCUUGAUACCAUGCAACAUCUCUUCAGUGAUCCUGAUUUUUCCCAAAUCUUAUCAGAAAUCCAAACUCCUAGACAAUACUCAACAACUUCUGAUCAUCAAAACACAAAAUUCCCGCAAAAUUUUGUUGAAGAAAAUCAAGAUAUUAUCUCGAUAUUACAAGAGACAACAGAAAAAACGGAGGCAACAACAUCUUUAGAGAUGCCAAAAAAAUACAAAGGAGUGAGACGAAGGCCAUGGGGAAAAUACGCUGCAGAAAUAAGGGACCCCGAAAGAAAAGGUGCGCGGCUUUGGCUAGGAACAUAUGAGAAACCUGAGGAUGCAGCAUUAGCCUACGAUAGAACCGCGUUUAGGCUGCGUGGUUCUAGAGCCCUAUUGAAUUUUCCACACUUGAUUGGAUCCAAUGUAACGGAGAUUAAUAGAGUGAGGCCGAGGAGACGUCCCCGUUCCCCAGAGUUUUCAUCAUCUUCUUCUCCUCCUCCUCCUCACGUAGGAGAUAAUAAUCAGUGUAAUAAUAAUAAUACUGAUGGACCGAGUUCAAAGAGGAGAAAUGUUGAGCUGAUUAAUAGCUUAGCUACGGCCAACAAUUUGGAUAGUCAAAGUUUUAUAGAGAGAUGUUUGUCGUCUAAUUAUUUUUUUGUAUGA